AAAGGGGGGGAUUGAUUUUGGAGCAAAAUCUUGAGAAUUUGAUAAAGAUUUAUUGAAAAAACUCGAACCUAAUUACUCCCCAGCCUUCCAGCAUUGACUUGAAGGCUGGUCGGAUUUCGGCUCUUUUUGUUUCUUCUUUUUCUUUUUCUUCCCUUUGUUGUGAUCAUGAUGAUGGCAAUAAAGAAGGGAAGAAAGGUUGAAAAAGAUUGUUGAAGAAAGUGGAGAAAGAGAGAUUUGUUUAGUUAUUGUUGUUAUAAGUCAGUGUGAUUGUUUAUUGUAUUGUGGUAUAUAUAUUGGUAUAUAAAAUGAGUGCUGUUUCCGGUGUUGUAUCGAGGCAAGUUUUGCCCGCGUGUGGAAGCCUUUGUUUCUUCUGCCCUGCCUUGACAACAAGGUCUAGACAGCCUGUGAAGAGGUACAAGAAGUUGAUCUCGGAUAUUUUCCCUAGAAAUCCGGGUGAAGAACUAAAUGAUAGGAAGAUCGGGAAGUUGUGUGAGUAUGCUGGGAGAAAUCCUUUACGUGUUCCAAAGAUCACAAGCUCUCUUGAACACCGCUAUUAUAAGGAAUUAAGAAAUGAGAACUUUCGGAAUGCAAAAAUUGUUAUGUGUAUAUAUAGAAAACUGUUGAUUUCGUGCAAGGACCAAAUGCCUCUUUUUGCAAAUAGUUUGCUAAGUAUCAUGCAAACUCUGUUGGAUGAGACAAGAAACGACGAAAUGCUAAUUAUAGGAUGCCAAACACUCUUUGACUUUGUCAAUUGUCAGAAAGAUGGAACUUACAUGUUUAACUUGGAAGGUUUUAUCCCAAAACUCUGUCAAUUAGCUCAAGAAGUUGGUGAAGAUGAGAGAGUUGAACCACUUCGUGCAGCUGGCUUACAAGCUCUUUCUUCAAUGGUUUGGUUCAUGGGUAUAUAUUCCCAUAUAUCAUCAGAGUUUGAUAAUAUUGUUUCUGUAGUUUUGGAAAAUUAUGGAUCUUCGAGCAAAGAUUCUGACAAUCCUAAUCAAAAUCGUUGGGUACAAGAAGUGUUGAAAGAUGACCAUCAUGUCUCACCAACAGAGGCUUCGAUGAAAAUCCCAUCUUGGUCAACAAUUGUAAAUGAGAAAGGCGAACUAAAUGUGCCUGCGGUUGAAGCUAAAAAUCCUAGUUUUUGGUCCCGUGUAUGUCUUCAUAACAUGGCUAAUCUGGGCAAGGAAGCUACAACCAUGCGUCGUGUUCUUGAAUCUUUAUUUCGUUAUUUUGAUUCUGAGAAUCUAUGGCAUGCUUCACAAGGAGUUGCCCACCCAGUUCUCAAGGACAUGCAAAAUAUCAUGGAUGAAUCUGGACAAAAUACACAUUUUCUUCUUUCCAUAUUAGUCAAGCAUCUUGAUCACAAGAAUGUCUUAAAAAAACCUGAUAUGCAGCUUGACAUUAUAGAGGUUACCAUCUCACUUGCAAGAGAAACGAAAGUAGAAGCUUCAGUUGCGAUUGUUGGUGCUAUAACGGAUAUCAUUAGACAUCUUAGAAAAAGCGUACACUUGACACUAGACGAUGCUGACCUGGGAGCUGAUGUAAUCAAAUGGAACAAAAAGUUUCAUGAACUUGUAGAUGAGUGCCUAGUGGAGUUAUCCUCUAAGGUUGGUGACGCAUGUCCAAUUUUUGACAUUAUGGCUGGGAUGCUAGAAAAUAUAUCAAGUAUUACAGUUGUAGGAAGAACUACAGUUGCUGCUGUUUACCGAACUGCUCAAAUUGUAGCUUCAUUGCCUAAUAUGGCAUACAACAAUAAGGCAUUUCCAGAAGCAUUGUUUCAUCAGUUGCUUCCUGCAAUGGUCCAUCAAGAUCAUGAAACCCGAGUUGGAGCUCAUCGAAUCUUUUCUGUUGUCCUUGUUCCUUCUUCUGUUUGCCCACGGUCUUCAAGUCUUGUGCCAGCUGGAGGAGAUCUGGACAAGACUACAGUUCCACGGUCACUGUCAAGAACGGUUUCUGUCUUUUCUUCUUCAGCUGCCCUUUUUGGGAAGAUGAAAAAGGGUGGGCCUUUAAUGACCAACAACGUUAGUAAGCAAAAAUCAAAUAAUAGUGGGGUAUUUAACAGAAUGAAGUCGAGCUAUAGCCGAACAUAUUCAAUAAAGAUAGAUACAAAUCCUGCAAACAAUUUAAACAAGGAUGGGGAAGCUGUUACCCUUAGGCUCAGUUCUCACCAGAUUUCACUCCUCCUAUCUUCAAUUUGGGCACAGUCAAUUUCACCUGAAAACAAACCUGAAAAUUAUGAAGCCAUUGCUCAUACCUACAGCCUGGUUUUGUUAUUCUCUCGUGCAAAGAAUUCAGGCCGGGAGGCUCUAGUUCGAAGUUUCCAGCUGGCAUUUUCAUUGCUUGAUACUUCUCUUGCCGAAGCAGGAUCACUGCCAGCAUCGCGUAGGAGAUCGCUGUUCACUUUGGCAACUACAAUGAUAAUCAUUUCUGGGAAAGCAUUUAGUAUUGUUCCUCUCGUUCCAGUUGCAAAGGCUACACUUGCAAACAAGAUGGUGGAUCCAUACUUGUGCUUGAUUGAAGAUUGCAAGCUCACUGUUGGAACUGGGUCAGGUAGUAUUAGUUUCGGGUCCAGGGAAGAUGAUCAGUCUGCUCUGAAAUCCCUAUCAGCAAUAAAGUUCACAGAAGAUCAGUCAAUAGAAUCACUGGCUGCUACAAUUGUUAAGCACUUGGAAUCUGUCUCCGAGUCUGAAAUAAUCAGCAUUAAGCAGCAACUGCUAAACAGAUUUGUGCCUGAUGACGAUGUGUGCCCUACAGGCUCCCCAACAGAAAAGUCACAACAUAAACAUCCAGAAGACAGUAAAUCUAUGGAGGAGGAGCCACUUAUAUUUACGGAUGAUGAUUUUCAAGGAGAUCCUUUUGACACUGCCAACAUGCUUUCACUUGCAGCAGCCGAGACACUUGAUCUCUUAAGUGUCAAUGAAUUGCUAGAUUCAGUCAUGGAUUCUGCACAACAAGUUGGAAGAAUGUCUAUAAGCAUUACACCCGAAGUCUCUUACAAAGAAAUGACGAAUCAAUGUGAGGCUCUUGUAAAUGGGAAGAGGAUGAAAAUGUCCAAUUUGAUGAGUAUACAAAGACCUGUAAACCAUGAUGACGAUGAAAUCAACAAGCAUCAAACGGACAGAAGCUACCAAUCGCAGGCAGGCCAUCCUUUCUUGGAACAAAACGCGCCUCCUCUUGUUAAUGGACAAGUUCGUAUGUCAUGUGCAACGGAAUACCAACAUCUACCUCAAUCAUUCAGAUUACCUGCAUCAAGUCCAUACGAUAAUUUCCUCAAAGCUGCUAGAUAUUAACCUCUCGGGACCAUGAUAUAUGCCAAUCGUUUGCCCAACAAGACACAUGACCAAACCAUCUUUCUCAAAUUGGUGAAAACUGCACAUAGGAUAUGGUUUUGAAGACGGUCCCAAAAACAUCGUCUGUGUUAGUGUGCUACAGAAGAUAACGACGACGAAUACUUAUGUCGGUGAUCAAAUUAGGAUUGUUGUUGCAUCUCCAAAACAACUCAUUCAUUUAAUCCCCUUUUGCCUAUAUUGAAAUCUUUUUGUAUCAAAUGUAUGUAUAGGUGGCCUAAAGGUCUGGUCCUUGAGCAUUUCUAGAGUUUCCUUCCAGUUAGAAAAGUGAUUAGUAUUUUGUUGAGGGAUUUAAGGAUUUUUUGUUGUUGUUGUUGCUUUUUACCCUUAAAGGUAGGUGAAUGUAAACAUUGUUUUUUGGGGAUGGGAAGAUCCACCAUUUGUAAAUAGUCAGCCUGCAAAUUAUUUCAA